AUGAGCGACAAACUCACCCGUAUCGCUAUUGUGAACAAUGACAAGGUGGGUGCAAGCCCAAGAAAGAAAUGCCGGCAAGAAUGCAAGAAAUCGUGCCCUGUCGUCCGGACUGGCAAGCUCUGCAUUGAGGUCACUCCUGAAUCAAAGAUCGCCUUUAUCUCGGAGCGCCUUUGCAUAGGAUGCGGCAUCUGUGUGAAGAAGUGUCCGUUUGGGGCAAUCAAUAUCAUCAAUCUGCCUACAAACUUGGAGUCUCAAGUCACUCAUCGCUACUCCGCCAACAGCUUCAAGCUUCAUAGACUGCCUAUGCCACGUCCUGGCCAAGUUCUUGGUCUUGUGGGGACUAAUGGUAUUGGCAAAAGUACGGCGUUGAAGAUUCUAAGUGGCAAGCUUAAGCCUAAUUUGGGAAGAUACAAUGAGCCUCCCGAUUGGGAAGAAAUUCUGAAAUAUUUCCGUGGAUCUGAGCUGCAAAACUAUUUCACAAAAGUUCUUGAGGAUGACCUGAAGGCUGUUGUCAAGCCUCAAUAUGUCGACCAAAUUCCUAAAGCGGUCAAAGGGGCAGACCGAUCUGUUGAAACUCUACUGAAGGCUCGUUGCCAGAUGGAUAAUCUUAAAGAAAUCAUGGAUGUGUUGGAUCUGAACCAAGUAAAAGAUCGUGACAUCAAUCUACUCUCUGGAGGAGAACUUCAGCGUUUUGCCAUUGGUAUCGUUUGUGUUCAAGAUGCAGAUGUCUACAUGUUCGAUGAACCAUCUUCUUACUUAGACGUGAAGCAACGUCUCAGCGCUGCACGUACGAUCCGCAAUCUGCUCCGUCCAGACGACUAUGUCAUCGUAGUUGAGCACGAUUUAUCAGUCCUAGACUAUCUCUCUGAUUUCAUUUGUGUGCUUUACGGCAAACCAGCUGUCUAUGGUGUCGUCACGAUGCCUGCCUCAGUACGAGAAGGUAUCAAUAUUUUCCUCGACGGUAACAUUCCAACCGAAAAUCUCCGUUUCCGAGAAGAAUCGUUGACUUUCCGAGUUGCGGAAGCCGGCGACGACUUUCAAGCCGACAAAGCCAUGGGCUAUAGCUACCCAGCCAUGGAAAAAACCCUCGGCAGCUUCAAGCUCAAGAUCGACCCUGGCAAAUUCACCGACAGCGAGAUCAUAGUCAUGAUGGGUGAGAACGGCACAGGCAAAACCACAUUUUGCCGCUUGCUCGCCGGCGCUGAGAAACCAGACGGCACCAAAUCUGUCCCCUCUAUGAACAUUUCCAUGAAGCCCCAAAAAAUAACUCCAAAAUAUCAAGGUACCGUCCGCCAGCUUUUCUUCAAAAAAAUCAAAGCCUCUUUCCUGAACCCCCAAUUUCAAACCGAUGUCUACAAGCCUCUGAAACUCGACGAUUUCAUUGAUCAGGAAGUCCAAAACCUCUCAGGUGGAGAAUUGCAACGCGUUGCCAUUGUGCUAGCCCUCGGCUUGCCUGCUGACAUCUACCUAAUCGAUGAACCUUCUGCCUACCUCGACUCAGAGCAACGUAUCAUCGCUGCACGUGUGAUCAAGCGCUUCAUUAUGCACGCCAAAAAGACGGCCUUCGUGGUAGAACACGAUUUCAUCAUGGCAACUUACCUCGCCGAUCGUGUGAUCGUAUUCGACGGCCAGCCAUCGAUGAAAGCCCACGCCAACGCCCCCGAGAGCCUUCUGACGGGAUGCAACACCUUCUUGAAGAAUCUUGACGUCACCUUCCGUCGAGACCCCAACAGUUUCAGGCCAAGGAUUAACAAAUACAAUUCUCAGCUUGACCACGAGCAGAAACUUGGCGGGAAUUACUUCUUUUUGGAGAAUGAGAGUUGA